AGACAGGAGGUGGGGCAGGGCGGUCAUAUCCAUGUGCGCUGCCGGGGUUUGUGUGCUGAAUUGUGUUGCGAGAACCGGAGUCUGCCGAGACGACCUUCCAUUCUACAAUCAAGAACAGGCCUUGGAUUGCUAUCUAAGCUUGCAUCUUGUAUGAGCUCUCUACUUGUCAUUUUCCUUGAGGAUCCAGUCUUGCACUUUCCACAGCCUCUGCUCAGCCCUGUCCAGCCAGCAAAGACUAAAAUAAUUUCCCUGUAACAGGUGGGUUGGUGGGCAGGAUGGUUGGGGAGAAAGACUGAUAGAUCAGCAAGGCAAGGAUUAAGUACAUCAUUUUUUUCCUGUGUGUCUUCUACCCAUUUCCAGUAAAAUGGCAGCCAGUCUUACCAUGUUCAACAUUGAUGCCCCUCGCUGGGACCAGAACACCUUCAUGGGGCGCCUGAAGCACUUUUUCAACAUCACAGACCCAAGGACACUGCUGGUGUCAGAGCAUGAACUGGACAGAGCAAAGACAUUGGUGGAGAACUGCAGGGCAGGCACAGUGCCCCCAGGAACCAGACAGGAGCAGCUGUUCUACGCCAAGAAGCUUUAUGACUCUGCUUUCCACCCUGACUCUGGGGAGAAGAUGAAUUUGAUAGGGAGGAUGUCAUUUCAAGUUCCUGGAGGGAUGGCUAUCACUGGCUUCAUGCUACAAUUUUACAGGACAGUUCCAGCUGUUGUUUUCUGGCAGUGGGUGAAUCAGUCCUUCAAUGCCAUUGUGAAUUACACCAACCGGAAUGCUGCCAGCCCUAUCUCUGUAAAGCAAAUUGGAGUUGCUUAUGUCACUGCUACCAGCACUGCCUUGGCAACCGCCGUGGGGCUCAACCUCUACACUAAGAGAGCCCCAACUCUUGUGGCACGUUGGGUCCCCUUUGCAGCGGUGGCAGCUGCCAACUGCGUGAAUAUCCCUUUGAUGAGGCAGCAGGAACUCAUUAAUGGAAUCACAGUGACUGAUGAGAAUGAUAAUCGACUGGGUGAGUCCAGGAGAGCUGCAAUUAAGGGGAUAAGCCAAGUGGUGAUUUCCCGUGUCACUAUGGCUGCUCCUGGAAUGAUUUUGUUGCCCAUCAUCAUGGAAAAACUAGAAAAGUACCCUUUCAUGAAGAAAAUCCAGGUUCUUCAUGCUCCGUUGCAAAUACUACUUGUCGGGGGAUUCCUUGUGUUCAUGGUCCCAUUUGCUUGUGCACUCUUCCCACAAAGGAGCACAAUUGCCCUUUCAAAGCUGGAGCCUGAUCUCAGAGAGUCUGUGGUGGUCAAACAUGGAGACAAAGUGCCAUAUGUCUAUUUUAACAAAGGCUUGUGAGUAGAACUACUGUCUCUCAAGAAUGUGCUGGAUCUUCUGACCAGCUCAUCCCAGAGUCUUUACCUGAUGGCUGAUGGUCUACAGAUGAGCUCAAGAUUCUCCAGAAAGAGCAGUGCUUUACCUCCAUACCUCUGUUCCCAUUGCUUUGGGGUGAAGUUGCAUUGAUGGGCAAAUAUAAGAGAUUUAGCCUUGCAUCUCUUUUUUCACAUUCCCAUUCCUCUGCCAGAAAAUGGAUUUGGACCUUGAUGUGAUGUAAUAGUUUACGCUCAGCAGAAAGAACCUGCCUGGUCAGUAAUGGAAAUAUAAUCUUUAAUACCCUAGUAUUUCUUUACCCUGUGAGGCACCUCCUCUCAGCUUUAUUUUGUUUUUUGGAUUUAUAUCCUGCCCUUCCCACAAGCAGCUUUGAAGUUCAUACCUCAGUGUCCCAACCUGCUCCAAGAUAGAAGUUGCCUUAUAUUUUGCCAGUUGCCUUAUAUUUUUCUUUAGAAUAUGCUCUGCACAUAGGAACACUGUCUUAAGUCUGUAUAUUCCGUAAUAAAUCAAGUCAAUCAUAAAGGAACAGAA